AUGCGGUGUACGGGGAAUGAGGAUGGGUGGGAAAGGCAAGGGAAGUUGAUGCCGACCCCGAGCGGGGUUUUGGCGUGGUUGUUUAAUCCUUAUGCUUUUUCGAGUUGGGUGAGAAUUGCUGUCGUAGGAUCAUUCUUCUACUGUAUGUUUCGUCCAAUCUUGAACAAAUUCAUCCGUUUCGUUGCCUACCUGCUGGAGCGCCUGGUAUACAUCUGGGGAAACCACAUCUGGGUUUUCGGCCUCAUCUCCAUAUCAAUAAUAUGGUUGUGUACAAAUUGGGCUUUGGCUCUUCUUUGUGGAUCAGUGUUGCUUUUUCGAGCCUGGCAGUUGACAAGAAUAAACAUUGUCGACAACGACUUCGCACCCCCCGAGGACCCUUUACAAAAUGACUUGACAGAUCCGACUGACGGGGGUCUCACUGACAGGAAUCAAUGCCUUCAUGUGGAUCCGUGUACGUGCUUCAAUGCAUGGGCUGCAGCAGAGACUCGACAGAGCGUGGAAAUCGAUCAACUCCGGAUCAAUGUCGAUUCCCUCGAAACCCAGUUGAGACGCAGCACCAGGGAGCGUGACGGUGCUUACAAUCGUACCCCGACAGUGAGCACAUUCGUCGCAACCCCUCCCAACGAUCGUAUCCACUCUGAGUUUGAUCGCGCACAACGCAGGGUUGCAGACUUGGAACAGGAAAAAGACAACUGGAUACUGGAGAAAAACAACCUGCGUUCGAAAUACAACACUGAAAUCGUCAAGUGGAAAGAACAAAUUGAUUAUGCACGCGGGGCCGGGGAGAACAUGCUCGUUGCGGUAACGGAGGUCGACGACUUGAAAGCCAAGAUCAGGAUGCUUCAACGGGACAACCAGGCUCUCAUCGAAGCUGGGAUGCAGACUCGACAAGCACUUGCUGCAGAGAGAGAAAUCCAUUCUGAGAAAUGCCAAGAUGAGGCAGGAUGCCAGUUGAAGAUCUCUGCGCUGGAAUACAAGUGCAGGCAACUUCUCGAUUCGCACGCUUAUAAUGAUAAGAUGGUUGUGGAUGCGGCGAUUAAGUUUGGCAUGCCGAAGGAGGAUGCGUGGCAUAUGGAUCUCAUGGCUUACCUGCGUGCUGUCACGAUCGAAGUUGCGAGAUUGAAGGCAUUGGGUGUGAAAGGGCUGGGAGCAACGAAUACAGUUGAUUUCACCAUCAAGCAACUCGAAGAGGAACUUCAGAGGACUAGAGCGUUGAAGAACAGACUAGAGCGUGAGGUCGACAGACUGGGCGGCAACGUGAUUGCUAUUCGGAACGGCUGGGACACGACGAAGCCAAAAGACUGGUCGAUCGAUAUGAACACCACAUAUGAGGACAACGCGUAUCGGAUGUUCCCUAUCUAUGAGCGGCUAUGCCAGGUGAUUGUUGACCUCACUGAUACGCUUGUUAAUUCGAACGAAGCGCUACCUGUUUGGGCACCUGAAGUUCCUCGCAACGACCAGACGAGCAGAUCCGGCUUCGUGCCCACGUCGCAGCAUCUUUUGGAGGCGAAUAAGAUCACAAACUUGAUGGCCACUAGCUCUGAAUAUCUUACUCAGAAGCUUACUGUCAACGAGGUUCAACGUCUCUACAACCGCGCUCUGCAACUUGCUAUCAGAAUCAGAAACUUGAGUCCCAAAGAACUUCUUCCCAGUGGCGAGGAGAUUGUUUACGAUCCUGUCGUCCGAGAGAUGCUGCGCCGAUCCGACCGAGUCUUCAAAGACGUGCUUGUCGGUAUCCUGGACGAUAUACGCCCCGUCGUUGCCUCGCCUACAGAGCAAGCCCCUGACCCUCGAAUGCAGAAGAAAUUCGGAAUCUACACUGCUAUGCAGGAAGCAAUUCAGGCCCUCACCAACAGCAUCGUGGCCAACGGACAUGUACCGCCACAGUGGAUAACGCACUUCGAACAGCAAAGCAAGCCAUGGUCUUCCCCUGAUAACCUGGCGUUGAACCUCAUGAAUUCGGAGUUGAGAAUACUCGAAGUGAGGAUCAAUCAGUUGCUUACCUGCAUGAUAGAGCUUAAGCUUCCGGGUACCGCAUACGGAACACCGCUCCUUGAAGGUCACAUCCACGAUCCAGACUACAACGCACGAUGGUACGAGCUCGUUGCCGCGACCAGUUAUGCCCGCCUUGUGCUCUCACAUUGGCAUCUCCAUCUGGAUCAAAAGAACGUUCAGAUCAAAGACGAGAAAACGGGGGAGUUGAAGACAAUUACCGCCCCGGUGCCAACAAUCAUGCCGCUCACGAGCAAAGAUCGGUAUUUCAGAGAUGCGCUGAAUAGAGGCGAGAGCGAGAAGGAGAAGGCGGCGAGGGAGAUCACGGAAGGCAUGUGGCCGCAUCCGGAUGUAAUCCAGUCGACGACGUGGUUUGUGCCGGGCAUUGGACAUCAGAUCUAUUUCAAAGUCCUUGACCCCAACAAAAAGAACGACCACAACACGGACGGCAGUACAAAAUACACACAAGAUGAGAAUAACUCGAAUUCGGAUGACAGAAGCGGGAAUAACGACUACGAGAAGGUGCGCAAGGAGUGGGAGACGAAGAAACGAAGGGUACACCAGCUCAAGAACUAUGUUCUAUAUUAUAAUAUCAAGGGGAACAAGGCGUUACCUAAUGUCAAUUCGCCACUGCGGAAGAACAUGAGCAACAAUGAUAUUGAGAGGGCGAACAACAAAAUGGACCACCAUAUCAGUCAGAUGACGAGCACUCUUACGCAGGCUGGGUAUCAGGUGCCGAAGAUAGUGCAUAAGGGGGGGAAGAUGCAUCCUGAUAAGUAGGAGAUAGAUCUGGUGGUGUUGAGGCUUGGAGGCGG